AUGGGGCGUGUUCGUACCAAGACCGUGAAGAAAUCUUCUCGUCAGGUGAUCGAGAAGUACUACUCUCGCAUGACUCUCGACUUCCACACGAACAAGAAGAUCCUCGAAGAAGUUGCCAUCAUCCCAUCAAAGAGGCUCCGCAACAAGAUCGCUGGAUUCUCCACCCACUUGAUGAAGCGUAUCCAGAAGGGACCAGUCCGUGGUAUCUCCCUCAAGCUUCAAGAGGAGGAGCGUGAGCGCCGCAUGGACUUUGUCCCCGACGAGUCUGCCAUCAAGACCGAUGAUGUCAAGGUCGACAAAGAGACUCUAGAGAUGCUUGCUUCCCUUGGCAUGUCUGAGCUUCCCGGCUUCUCCGUUGCCGACCCACAAGCAGCUCCUACUUUUGCCAGGCCACCCAGAAAGUACUAA